GAAGGAGCUCAUUUGCACGCUGGCUCCGGAGAGAAUUGCCCUCUCACACAGACACACAGAUUCUGAAAGAAGCCACGUCGAUUGAAAUAGGGUAUCCCUGGGGAGCCACUGAAGAUUCCAGUUUGUGAGGGGGGACAGAACACAGACAGCCGCCAAGAUGUGUGACAUGGGGGGACUGGAUAACCUGGUGGCUAACACGGCCUACCUGAAAGCCCAGGGUGGUGAUGACAAGGAGAUGAAAAAGCGGCGCCGCAGCUUAGCUCUCCCCAAGCCUGAGCAAUGUGAAUCAGUACGAACCUCCAUCGAGAAGGACUUCACGUUGCUUUGCGAAAGGCAGCCUAUUGGCAAAAAGUAUUUCCGUGAGUUCCUUUCAAGUAACCCUGAUUUCAAGCUUGCUGCUGAAUUCCUGGAUGAGCUCUAUGACUGGGACCUGGCUGAAGGUGCAGUCAAGGAAAAGGCACGGCAAAACAUCAUCAAGAAGUAUUGCAAGGCUGAUUCCAAGUCCUACCUCUCCUUUCUUACCGGGGAAGUCGCUGACAAAUGCAAGUCCGUGACAGAUGCCACCUUUGAGGAGGUGAUGAAAGGCAAAGUCCAGGAAGGUGUAAGAGAAUACCUGAAGGACAAACCCUUCUCCACUUACCAAGUCAGUCCAUUCUUUGAUAAAUUCCUCCAGUGGAAAGAGUUUGAGAAACAGCCCAUCAGUGACAAAUACUUCUAUGAGUUCAGGACUCUGGGAAAAGGAGGCUUUGGAGAGGUAUGCGCUGUACAGGUGAAGACCACGGGCCAGAUGUACGCCUGCAAGAAGCUGGAUAAAAAGCGACUGAAGAAGAAGGGUGGCGAGAAGAUGGCCCUGCUAGAGAAGAAGAUCUUGGAGAAGGUUAACAGUCUGUUUCUGGUCAACUUGGCCUACGCUUACGACAGCAAGACCCACCUGUGCCUUGUCAUGACCCUGAUGAAUGGAGGAGACCUCAAGUACCACAUUUACAACAUAGGCUAUGAUGGCAAGGGUGUAGACAAGGGCAUCGAGAUGAAGCGCAUCAUCCACUACACAGCGCAGAUCACCACCGGCAUCCUGCAUCUGCACGAGAUGGAUAUCGUUUAUCGUGAUAUGAAGCCGGAGAACGUGUUGCUGGACAGCGUAGGCCAGUGCCGACUUUCUGAUUUGGGCCUGGCCAUCGAGAUUGUUCCAGGGAAGACCGUCACUCAGAUGGCUGGCACUGGAGGAUACAUGGCCCCUGAGCUCCUGAACAAAACCCCGUACAGGACGUCAGUGGACUGGUGGGCCCUGGGCGUCAGUAUCUAUGAGAUGGUGGCCGGCUACACACCUUUCAAAGGCCCAGAGGCCAAGAAGGAAAAGGUGGAGAAGGAGGAGGUGCAGCGUCGCAUCCAACAUGAAGAGCCAAAGUGGGAGCACAAGUGCUUCGACGCCACCACAAAGGACGUCAUCCAGCAGUUCCUGAAGAAGAAAAUGGAAGAGCGCCUGGGCGUGAAGAACAACCUGGAGGAUCCCAGGAAGCAUAGCUGGUUCAAGUCCAUCAACUUCCCCCGCCUGGAGGCCGGGCUGGUGGAUCCUCCUUGGGUACCCAAGCCCAACGUCGUCUAUGCCAAGGACACCGACGACAUUGCAGAGUUCUCUGAGAUCAAGGGCAUCGAGUUUGACGCCAAGGACGACAAAUUCUUCAAGGAGUUUAGCACUGGCGCUGUGCCCAUCCCGUGGCAGCAGGAAAUGAUUGACACUGGACUAUUUGCCGAGCUCAGUGAUCCCAACAGGAAAGAGGGUGGUGGAGGUGGAGAUGACGACAAGAAGUCCGGCACAUGUAUAUUGCUGUGAGCAGCAACAACAACGUGUUUGAUGUAUCACUUGCCAGUCAUAAUGCUCUAUAUUUAGUUUGUUCUCUCCUCCCGGUGCACACUAAUAUUGAUGGAUCCUGUUUCAUGAAACAUUCGAGUGCCAGGGACGUUUAGAAUAACGUCCCUGACUUGAAUGGAUGCUCUUGAUUUAUAGAUCUACUGCUUCCAGGGCAAGGUCCAGUAAAACAUGGAACAUGCGAUGACGAGCAUUUUAUUUCUGGUUCAAAGCUUCUCUUGCAGUUCUAAUGAUGUAGACUCAAAAAAACGUUUGGAACCUCUUGAUAAAGAAUACUAGUGUUAGAUGAGUAAGAUAAAGGCCAUUGUGCAAGAAAUACCAUAGUAAAAACUAUAUAAGCUAAAAGUAUUUGCAAUAGAACUAUAAGCAAUGCUGAUGCAUUCAGCAAUAAUCUUUAAACAAAUUGGAACAAGCACAAGUCCUCAAUCUAUGAAACUGCUCAGUUUGAAUAUCUGCGAGUGGACUGUGUAAACGUUAUAAUAUUAUUUAGUGCUCUCCCUCCCUCCCCUGCCCUUUAUUGAUACAAUCACAAGGUCUCACUGUUUCUACAACAAAAAGUGCUUUUUAACCUCACAUGGCAGAAAUAGUCAUCACCUUUCAUUUUAUAUGUGGUGAUCCUAAACCUUCUAAUUAAGGCCGAUCACUGCAUUUACAUCCAGGUGAUCGUUUCCUUUUGUUUGACGUUU